UUUGUUGGGUUUUGUAUAAAUUGAAAAGGGUAUCUCUUAAAUCGAAGUAAAUUUUUUUAUUUUUUGGUAUUUCUUGAAAAAGAAAUUCGAUUUUUUUGUUUGAUUCUUGCAAUUUCCAUUUAUUUUUGAUGUUUCUUGUGAUGGGUUGUGUGUAAAUUGAAGAGGGUAUGUUCUGUAUUUGAGUAAUUUUGGGUAGAUUCAUCGAAAAUGCCGGUUUCAACGAGGUCCCAAGUGAAUGUGAUUCAAGAUCAGAGUGAUCAAGAAAAUACCCAUUUUAGGAAACAUCAUGAAUUAAGAAACCCACAUCAUGGAUUGAAAGAAAAGAUGAAAGCUUUGACUCAAUUAUAUGAACAACAGAAGCAAUCUUCAAAUUCUGUCAGAAACCCUUCUCCUAAACCUGAUAAAACUCGAUUUUCAACCCAUCCAAGUGUGGAUCUUUCCGGUGGUCGUGGGGUGGAAGAACCGGAUAGUAAGAAGAAGUCGAGUGUUUUUGAGAGUCAUGUAAUGAGAGAGAAUUUGAUGCCUAAUCCGAUGGUGACCAAGGCUUAUGUCUUACCUAGGCCACCAACACGGCUCGAGGAUGAUGCCAAGGAGAAUGUAGCUGUGGUGGAUGAAUGUCGUGGCGGUUUUGCUGGUGGAAAUGCAGAAAAGAUCGUUGUACAUAAUAAUGUGCAGAGGGAAAACGCUAUGCCGAUUUCUGCAGUCACUAAAACAUAUGUGUUGCCACGUCCACCGCCGCAAAAUCUAGUGGAAACUGCUAAUGGUAGCAUACCCGCGGUGGCUGGUGGUGGUAAUGGUGAGAAGAUUGUUGGAUUUAAAUGCCCUCCAAGGAAAGCGGCAGUAACUACUAAUGUGGCAAGAAAGUUAACAAUGGAGACUUCAAAUUUGGGCCCCGAUCCAAAAGUAGCCACGGGUGGAGCAGAAGGGGUAGUAAAGAAUAAGGUGGAAUCAGAAGGUGUUACAAUAGGAAAUGUGGGUAGUAGGAUUCUUGUUUUUGUAAGAUUGAGACCUUUGAGUAAGAAAGAAAAAGAAGGAGGUUCAAGAUCUUGUGUGCGGAUUGUGAAUCAGAAAGAAGUUUACUUGACGGAAUUUGCUAAUGAGAAUGAUUAUCUCAGGCUUAAAAGACUUCGCGGACGCCAUUUCACCUUUGAUGCCUCAUUUCCAGAUUCGUCUUCCCAACUUGAUGUCUAUUCCACUUCAACAUCGGAGCUUGUUGAAGCAGUUUUGCAAGGAAGAAAUGGUUCGGUCUUCUGUUAUGGUGCUACAGGUGCCGGUAAAACAUUUACGAUGCUGGGAACUGUUGAGAAUCCAGGCGUAAUGGUUUUGGCCAUAAAGGAUCUGUUUUAUAAAGUUAGACAAAGAAGCUGCGACGGUAACCAUGUUGUUCAUCUGUCAUAUUUAGAGGUCUAUAAUGAAACCGUGAGAGAUUUGUUAUCUCCUGGACGUCCUCUAGUCCUCAGAGAAGACAAGCAGGGGAUUGUGGCAGCAGGACUUACUCAGUAUCGAGCUUAUUCUACUGAUGAGGUCAUGGUAUUGCUUCAACAAGGAAAUCGUAAUCGUACAACUGAACCAACUCGAGCCAAUGAAACAUCUUCUCGCUCUCACGCCAUUCUUCAGGUUAUGGUUGAAUAUCGAGUUAAAGAUGAAUCUAACAACGUUAGAAGCAGAGUAGGAAAGCUGUCAUUAAUUGACUUAGCCGGUUCAGAGCGAGCUCUUGCCACUGAUCAGAGAACCCUUAGAUCACUUGAGGGUGCUAACAUAAAUAAGUCACUACUUGCUCUCAGCAGUUGCAUUAAUGCUCUUGUUGAGGGAAAGAAGCAUGUCCCGUACAGGAAUUCAAAACUCACUCAACUGCUUAAAGACUCUCUUGGUGGUGCUUGUAAUACUGUUAUGAUAGCAAAUAUUAGCCCGAGUAACCUCUCAUUUGCUGAAACACAAAAUACCCUUCAUUGGGCUGAUAGAGCUAAGGAGAUCCGUACUAAGGCAUACGAGGCAAAUGAAGAAAUACAGAAAAUACCGAACCCAGAAAUGGAUCAAGCCAAGAUGCUGCUCGAGUUACAAAAAGAAAACCAUGAAUUACGAGCACAAUUAGCUCGCCAACAACAAAGGCUAUUAAUGGUUCAAGCACAAUCUUUAGCAGCUGCAUCACCGACCCCUUCAACAAUAUCAUCUAUCUUAGAAACCCCUCCAACUUCUUGUAGACAAAAAGAACGAAAACCAAAAUCUUUCUUACCCAGAAACUGUUUCACUCCUGACUCAAAGAAAAAGGGACCUGAAGAAAAUGUUAAAGAACUUAAACAUACAAUAAAGAUGUUAGAGACAGCCAUGGAGAAAAUGAAGAAAGAUUUUGAUUUGAAGUUAAAGCAAAAGGAUGAUUUGAUUAGGGAAAUCUCACGAAAGGGUGGAAAUAGAGUCGUAAUGAAGGGAAAUUCAAGACCAAAAGAGACAAUAGCGGGUGAACUCAAGAGUCCAAGUGGUCGAUUUGCAUCACCAGCAGUCAAAGAUAAGAAACGAAGCUUUUGGGAUAUAACAACUGCUAAUAGUCCAUCAGUUGCUGCGUUGAAUGGGAGGAAAACCCGAAGCCAUGUUGCUAAAGAACCUGCAACAGCUCCUUCUAUGCUUCUUCAGCCAGGUUUUGCUCGUCAAAAACCUGAAAUGACGAGGCAAUGACAGAGAUGAAGGUUGAACUAGAACAAGAAUUUAGGGAAGUGCUUGCAUUUUCAAGAUUGAUGAUUAUGUCAAAUAAGGUUUGUUAGGUUCUGUUAAUUAGUAAACUGAAGUAUUGAUGUUUGUUGGUUUUUAUUCAAUCAAAUCUUGAAGAUAUACAUUUAUAUGC